GGGGCCCGCCCGCCCCCGGCCGGCUACGUCGCUCCCAGCCUGCCCCGCGCCGCGCGGCGCCGGAAGUGAGUGAGCAUUUCCGGCAGCCAUCCCGGCGGCGCUGACAUCCCGGUUGUUGUUCUGUGCCGGGGGUCUUCGUGCUGUCAUGAAGGACGUACCGGGCUUCCUACAGCAGAGCCAGAGCUCCGGGCUCGGGCAGCCCGCUGUGUGGCACCGUCUGGAGGAGCUCUACACGAAGAAGUUGUGGCAUCAGCUGACACUUCAGGUGCUUGAUUUUGUGCAGGAUCCGUGCUUUGCCCAAGGAGAUGGUCUCAUUAAGCUUUAUGAAAACUUUAUCAGUGAAUUUGAACACAGGGUGAAUCCUUUGUCCCUCGUGGAAAUCAUUCUUCAUGUAGUUAGACAGAUGACUGAUCCUAAUGUGGCUCUUACUUUUCUGGAAAAGACUCGUGAGAAGGUGAAAAGUAGUGAUGAGGCAGUGAUCCUGUGUAAAACAGCAAUUGGAGCUCUAAAAUUAAACAUCGGGGACCUACAGGUUACAAAGGAAACAAUUGAAGAUGUUGAAGAAAUGCUCAACAACCUUCCUGGUGUGACAUCGGUUCACAGUCGUUUCUAUGAUCUCUCCAGUAAAUACUAUCAAACAAUCGGAAACCACGCUUCCUACUACAAAGAUGCUCUGCGGUUUCUGGGCUGUGUUGACAUCAAGGAUCUACCAGUGUCUGAGCAGCAGGAGAGAGCCUUCACGCUGGGGCUAGCAGGACUUCUCGGCGAGGGAGUUUUUAACUUUGGAGAACUCCUCAUGCACCCCGUGCUGGAGUCCCUGAGGAAUACUGACCGGCAGUGGCUGAUUGACACCCUCUAUGCCUUCAACAGUGGCAACGUAGAGCGGUUCCAGACUCUGAAGACUGCCUGGGGCCAGCAGCCUGAUUUAGCAGCUAAUGAAGCCCAGCUUCUGAGGAAAAUUCAGUUGUUGUGCCUCAUGGAGAUGACUUUCACACGACCUGCCAAUCACAGACAACUCACUUUUGAAGAAAUUGCCAAAAGUGCUAAAAUCACAGUGAAUGAGGUGGAGCUCCUGGUGAUGAAGGCCCUUUCGGUGGGGCUGGUGAAAGGCAGUAUAGACGAGGUGGACAAACGAGUCCACAUGACCUGGGUGCAGCCCCGAGUGUUGGAUUUGCAACAGAUCAAGGGAAUGAAGGACCGCCUGGAGUUCUGGUGCACGGAUGUGAAGAGCAUGGAGAUGCUGGUGGAGCACCAGGCCCAUGACAUCCUCACCUAGGGCCCCCUGGUUCCCCGUCGUGUCUCCUUUGACUCACCUGAGAGAGGCGUUUGCAGCCGAUCAAGCUGGCUGCUCAGACGGUCGACAUUGAAUUUGGGUGGGGGUUGGGAUCCUGUCUGAAGUACAGACUGUUCUUGCUCUAAAAACAGGACUGUCCCUGAUGGGGGCCAGGCCACAGGGAGGAGGCUUCUUUGUGGGUCUCUCCUGCAGAGGGUGGGGGUCUCACGGUCUUAGGUGAUAAGGGAGAGAAAACGCGCGAGGCAGGAAGUCACCUAAAGUCUGUGUAUUCCAAGGUUGAUCUCCAUCCCCAUCCACCUGUACAUCUUUUCCGUUGUGGUUUGAGAAUGUUCCUAUAAUAAACCCAUCUGCUUUGUUCUU